AUGGUGCUGCGCUCCCUCUCGACCGCCGCCGUGAACGACAAGCUGGCCACGCUCAAGGGCCAGAACUUCAUGUCCACGGCCCAGCUGAGCAACGACGAGCUCAUCGGCCUGCUGGCCAAGGCCAAGGAGUUCAAGGCCACGUACUCCAACCCGGAGACCAAGGCCACGGCCCCCAAGCCGCUCACGGGCGAGAUCUGCUCCAUGAUCUUCCAGAAGCGCAGCACGCGCACGCGCAUCUCGAGCGAGGUGGGCAUGCACCUGCUGGGCGGCAAAGGCCUCUUCCUCUCCUCGGACGACAUCCAGCUCGGCGUGAACGAGACCAUGCGGGACACGGCCCUCGUGCUCUCGCGCUUCAACAGCAUCAUCCUGGCGCGCGUCUACGGCCACAAGGACAUCCUCGAGCUCGGCGAGCUGGCCACGGUGCCCGUGGUCAACGCGCUGUCGGACAAGUACCACCCGCUGCAGAUGCUGGCCGACUACCUGACGGUCUACGAGCACUUCGGCAAGUUCGAGGGCCUGACCUUCGCCUGGGUGGGCGACGGCAACAACGUGCUGCACGACUACAUGCUGGCCGCCCCCAAGCUCGGCGCCAACAUCCAGAUCGCCACGCCCGUGGGCUACGAGCCCGACGCCGACGUCGUGGCCGAGACCAAGCGCCUGGCCGAGCUCGCCGGCACCAAGGUCGUCAUGACCACGGACCCCGUCGAGGCCGUCAAGGGCGCCAACGUCGUGGCCACCGACACGUGGAUCAGCAUGGGCCAGGAGGAGGAGUCGCAGAAGCGCCUCAAGGCCUUCGCCGGCUACCAGGUCACCAACAAGAUGCUCGAGAGCGCCGCUGAGGACCACAUCUUCCUGCACUGCCUGCCGCGUCACCAGGACGAGGUCGACGACGAGGUGUUCUACGGCCCGCGCUCGCUGGUCUUCGACGAGGCCGAGAACCGGCUGUGGACCGUCAUGGCCGUGUACGCCGCGCUGCUGGGCAAGGUCUAA